GUUGUUAUUGUUCCAACCCAAAACCCAACUUUUUCUAGCUCUCAUUAUGCCCAUCUUUAUAUUUCCAUUUCCCCCUCAUUGAGCCAUCAUUUCUUUCUGUGUCUCCCUAAUAUUCCACAAAACAAAUUCCAUAAAAACCUUACCUUGUUCUUCAUCACUUCUAAUUUGAUUCAUGAGCAUGAAUUGCCUAACAUGCCAAGCCCUUCCAAGGACUCAGUCAGACAGGGAGAACAAUAAUAACAAUUAUUAUGCCUAUGAGACCUCUUCUAGUAGAGGUAGAGGUAAAUCAUGUUGCCUACACGUCACGCGGCGGUGGUCGGCCGAGCUGACUCCGACGUCGUACGGGCACAUCAAAACCACCGCCGAUAAUGCUAGGGAAGGCUGCUCUUCGCGCAAGAGUUUUUCGGACAAGAAGGUGAAGGAUCGCUAUCUCCGCAGCGGCAGCAUGAACGAGAAGGAGAACGAGCCGAGGUUGGUGAGGAGCUCCGGGAUGAGGAGGGAUUGGAGCUUUGAGGAUUUGAGAUUGAGAGAUCAGAAGAAAGGGAGAUUCCAUUGAGGCUCGGCUCAUCUUUCUCUCAUUAUUUGUUUGUAAUUUGUUGGUGUUUAUAUUUCAAGUUAAUGGUAAAUUGAAGUUGAAUAACGAUGUUUAAAUUUGAGGUGGGGAAUGAGAUUCAUGAAAUAAUUCA